AUGUCGCAUCUCGUCGAUUCUCACGAGAUCUGGUCACCUCUAGCCAUUUUUCUUCUCCGCCCUCUGCGUCAAAAAUCCAUGAGCAUCAUCUACUGCUACUCACCAACAUCACAAGCUGAUGAAUCCGAAUUGGACACAUUUUAUGAGGGGCUGGAGGAAGAGGUUUGCAGCGAGAAGUCCUUCUACAAAUUCGUCGUCGGGGACUUCAACGCAAGACUAGGAAGGGCUACAGAAAAGGAGUACAGGAUCAGAAGAUCUGGACUAGGUGACCGGAAUGAAAAUGGCAAUCGUCUUACUAGGCUGUUGCCCGCCACCCGCCUCUUUCAUGGGAACUCUCUUUUCACGAAGAAAGAUCAUCGUUGGUAG